CAUUGGACCUCAUUUCCCUGUCUUGGCCUUACAAUCUUGUCUUGUCAAAAUUUCCCAUCAUUCCAAUCCAGUAGAGCUCAAGAUCAUCAUCACCCAGGAAAAACUAGAGCCACCCCAUCAUUCAUCAAUCCAUGGCAGCAACUAUGGCUACAAUGGCAAUGCUCAAUGCCAAGUGCUUGAGCAUUAACUCAACAAAAAACAAGCCAUCCACAAAACCCAUUUCCCUUCUCUCCAUGCAAGACCUCCCUAAAGGUCUAACCAUCUCAAAGCCAGGAGAGAAGACAGCUCUUGCAGGUACUGCCAUAGCUGGAGCUAUCUUUUCUACCUUAAGCUCAUGUGAUCCUGCUUUGGCUGCCCAACAAAUAGCAGAAAUAGCAGAAGGGGACAACCGUGGCUUAGCACUCUUGCUUCCCAUAAUACCAGCUGUAGCUUGGGUGCUAUUCAACAUCCUCCAACCAGCACUUAACCAACUGAAUCGCAUGAGAGAGACAAAGGGAGUGAUAAUUGGGGUUGGUCUUGGUGGGUUGGCCACAUCAGGGUUCAUGUUGGCCCCAGAAGCAUCAGCUAGUGAAAUUGCCAUGAUUGCUGAUGCAACUAGUGACAAUAGGGGUCAGCUUCUGUUGUUUGUAGUUGCUCCUGCUCUUCUUUGGGUGCUCUACAAUAUUCUACAACCGGCUUUGAACCAACUCAACAGGAUGAGGUCUCAGUGAGAGAUUUGUAUAUGUGCCUGUGGGUUUUGUUGGGAAGGUGUAAUGGCAGAAAAAAUUUAAUUGUAAUUGCACCUUAUGUUAAUGAAACUCUCUUUGGUUUUGUUUU